GACCAAACGAACCAUCGAAAUGGUGCAGUGGCUUGUGUUGGUGGUGGCGAUUGUGGUUUUUGGAGGGGCUGCAGCCCACGGCGUGGUGGGCGAGGAUACAGCUGCUGUUGAGGUUCCACACGGAUGCAAGGAUCCCCGCGACUUUGGUGCUGUUGCCGGUGACCCCGAGGCAUGGCUGAACAACACACUGGCCAUGCACCGUGCGUUCAACGCCGCCGUGGCCUCCACUGGCACAGUCUGCGUGCAGGGCGGAGACUUCACUGUGGCGGACGUGUAUGCUCCAAGCAACUCAGUGCUUUUCAUUGCACAGCAGGCACGGCUGCUGAGCUCCGUGCCAAACUGUACCCACGCCCUCCUGCACCUUGAGCAUGUCCAGAAUGUGACUGUGGAAGGCGGCGGCACGCUGUACGGAAACGCCGAGCACUACAUUGCCUCGUACAGCGCAAAGGACAACCGCUUCAACCCAACGAAACCCGACGGCUCUCGCCCCCGCGUCAUCUUCAUGCACAACGCCACGGACGUGGUGCUGCGUGAGAUCUCGGUGCUGAACGCAUCUGAUUGGCACGUGCACAUCCAAGCCAGCCGCCGUGUCCUCGUGGACAGCGUGUACAUCCACGGCGACUCGCGGUUCCCGAACAACGACGGGAUUGACCCCGACAGCUCGAUCGACGUGACCAUCCGCAACUCCAUCAUCGACGUUGCAGACGACGGCAUCUGUCUCAAGUCGACGGCGGGCAUGGGCCCGCUGGCGAAUGUGUAUGUGCACAACUGCUCGAUCCGCAGCCAGAGCCACGCCAUCAAGUUUGGCAGCAACACGGACGAGGACAUGUACAACGUUCUGUUCGACCACAUUGCCAUCCUCGACACGAACAGCGGCCUCGCCAUCCAGCAGCGCUCAAACGGAAGCAUCUACAACGUGACCUGGUCCAACAUUGGUCUCCAGACACGUUACAGCGCCCCACGCUGGUGGGGCAACGGCGAGCCGAUCGUGAUCACAUCUGAGCGGCGGGCGGGCGGACCACCUGUCGGCAACAUCCACGACAUCCACUUUUUCAACAUCAGCGCCCAAUCGGAAAACGGAAUAUUCGUCAGCGGCGCCGCGCACGGCAUCUCGAACAUCACGUUCACAAACGUCGAUUUCACCGUCGUUCUCUUUGGCAACUACAGCUCUGGUGAAGGGCCACCAUGUUUCGCAGCCGAUCACGUGUAUGACGCAAUCCCUUGCAUGGGAACACACGACAGGCGCCCAUCAGCGCGCGACGGGCCCACGUGCUCGUACUACUGCCGAAAGAUUGCACAGGCAGAUGCUUUCUACUUCGAGCGCACGCAGGCCACGCUCAAGAACAUCCUUGUGACGUUUGAAGGGGUGCGGCAGCCGUGGUUUGGCACUUGUUUCAACCACGAUGGCGCCAGCGACGUCACGGAAACGCACGUGCACUGUGUCAGCUGAGCACGUGUGCCGUCACGCAUCCACACGCGCGCGCACACACGCUGAUGCUGUUGCUGUUGCUGUUGCGUGUGCACAUGCACUUCCCCGCCCGUUAUCCUUUGCUCUUCUUCCUCUUGGCAAGCAGUUUUCUCUGUCGUUACAAUCCCAUUGUUCACCGUUCACUGUUCACUGUUAUCACACCCACACACACAUGCACACAUGCACGCGCACGUUCACGCGCUCAGCCAAUACAUCGCUAAGCAAGGGAAAGUCACGGAAGCGAA